UUUUGGUCCAAUAUGGCUCUUUCAACAUUUUGGGUUGCCGACCCCUGGGUUAGAUGGUAGGCUAUUUGUCUAUUUAUUUGUCUAUUUUUUAAGCAAAGUAUAAAGGAGUUAUACUCCAGCCUCAGAGGCGGUAAUGCAACAUUUAUUCGAUGCCAACCGACGUUAAACCUCAACGAAGAAGAACCUUUUCGGUUGGACGCCUUUACUGAAUAAGCGUUUUCCUAUUGGAGCGGUAUUCUGGUAGGAAAAGGUGUCGGAUGCUUCAGCAGAAGAACUUAGAUUCAUCAAAGUCGAUAGCGCGCUGGACUUCGGGCUAGAAUGUCGAAGUGAUCCUAGCAAUGAGAAGAGCAAAGCAUGUUACUGAUUCUGUGCUGUGUGAUUCUACUCAUCAUCCAGAGGGAUACAGAAAGUACACAGGUGAUUGGAGGACGCAGGACUGUAGUACUGGGGGAGGAUGUGGACUUAUCCUGCAGACUGAUAGAGACAGACGAGGAGCUUGAACAGAUAACAUGGCAGAAAAGUACUUGGGAAGAAACACAGAACCAUAAUUUUAUGCUGAUUCAUCCCAAUGGGGUUACUAAGUUUAUUGCACCAAAUGGAUUGGCAGGUAGAGUCCAGUUUAUUGGGAACCCAUCAGAAAACCUUGGAUCUAUUAGAAUAACAGCUGUCAGACUGUUGGAUGAAGGCACCUUCACAUGUAUCUUCAGUGUUUUCCCCAGUGGCGCAUACAAUACAGAGAUACCUCUGACUGUGCUUGUCCCUCCAGUGGUGAAUGUGACAGUUGAUGUUACUCCUGUCACCGGGGAGAAUGAGGUUGUCUUGGCAACCUGUGUGGCUGCUGGAGCCAAGCCACAGGCAGAUGUAAAGUGGAAGACAGGUACAUUGGGCAGUUUGUUGAGGACAGUGACUAACUCCACCCAGCACGCCAACGGAACCACCACAGUACUCAGCCACCUGCUCGGGGUGCCGACCAGAGCAGCCAAUCAGCAGCAGGUCCAGUGUGUGGUCAACCAGUCUGCCCUGGUAACAGAGAAGACCUACAACUACAGCAUAAACAUCCACUAUCCACCUCAGUCAUUGAACAUUACCCUUAGUGAGACCUCUAAAACCACAGUCUUACUAUGUGUAGCAGAUGGUAACCCACAACCCAACUACACCUGGAGCAGGUUGGUCCAGCCAUGGCCUGGGUCUUCGGUGAGAGCAGAGGGAGACAAACUGCACCUCCUCAGUCUCAACUCUGAGCUGAAUGGUCUCUAUGUCUGUGAGGCCUCCAACCCUUACGGACGAGCAACUGGCUCCCUCUAUGUACACAUAUCCUCUGAGACCUCUGCUGUCUGUUGGGUUCUACUGGUCAUUCUCUGUCUGAUUGUUUCUGCUGCACUUGUAUGGUACCGGUGGAAAUACGGACAGUUUCCUUGGAGUUCAAUCGUGGCCAAGGCACCAGAACAGACUAUAUCAAUAUCUUCCAAGACGAGGAGACAUGACAAGGUUGAGGAAGGUGAAGAUGACUCAUUGGCUGCAACUGUCCAAACCAGGAAGGAGCCUGAGGAGGAGGAAGAAGUAUCAUGAUGACAUUGGAAACCUCGAUUCCAUCACCGCUUCACCCAGUGCUGGUCAUUGUUUCAGAUUUUUGUUCCCCUCUCUUGGACUCCGCCUUGCCGCGGUUGAGGGGCUUUGAUGCUUCAGCGGGAACAACAACUCUCCUGUAUGUAUGUAUGAAUGUACAGUAUGUACAGUGCUUUCAGAAAGUAUUCAUACCCCUUGACUUAUUCCAUAUUUUGUUGUGUUACAGCCUGAAUUUCAAAUGGAUAAAAAAAAAAUGUUUUUCUCGCUCAUCUACACAUAAUAACCCAUAAUGACAAAGUGAAAACAUAUUUUUUGAAAUGUUUGCGUAUUUAUUGAAAAUGAAAUACAGAAAUAUCUAAUUUACAUAAGUGUUCACACCCAUAGGUCAAUACAUGCUAGAAUCACAUUUGGCAGUGAUUACAGCAGUAAUUUUUUUUUAUUUGUACACACAUUUCUAAAAUCAUAAUUCCACUUUGACAUUAUGGGGUAUUAUGUGUAGGCCAGUGACACAACAUCUAAAUGUAAUACAUUCAGACUGUAACACAACAAAAUGUAGAAAAUGUCAAGGGGUGUGAAUACUUUCUGAAUGAACUGUACUGUAAGUGUUGAAGCCAACUAAAGGGAGCCCUGGUAUAAGCUAAAUGACAUAUGUAUGAAAUGGAGAACCUUGUCAGUAACUACUACUGUACACACACCUUUGGCUGAUGGUACUUCUUGCAGCGGCUCCAAAAAUUAAUUCCUUUAUAUAAUGCGGUUAUGCAGUUUUGGUACAGGGAGCAGUUAUACUGUAAAAGGAACCAUGAAACCAAGUGAUCCACUGGGAACAGAAGCUCCACUAACAGCUGCCUUAUGAUCCACGUAUUAACCCUAUCCCUGAUGAACCCUGUAUUAUUUGUUGUUUUAGACUAGCAUUAGUGUAGCAUGGCAUUUUUGGCCACCGGUGGUUACUGUUUGCAGUUAGUAGUUAGAAUGCAGGUAUUUUCACUACAUUAGUAGUUACAAUGCAAGUAUUAUCACUACAUUAGUAGUUAGAAUGCAGGUGGUUAACUACGUUAGUAGUCAAGGCCUUGCUUUGGUUAGUGCACUGUAAUGUCCUUGUUUUUCAGCCUUGGAAAUAGGAACACAUGGACAAGCUGUUGCUUGGCGUCGGCCUCUUAUCAAGUUGAAACAUGUUUAAAGAGGAACCUAGUCUGCACACCUGCCUUUUCUUAAAUCAACAAUGAGUGCCGUUUUUUAAUCAGCAAUGAGAGACAGGUGUGUGGGCUUGGGGGUGGUGGGUGGUGUGUGUGUGUGUACAGUACUAGUCCGUACAUUUCUUUGUGUUAAUUGGUUGGUUGCUAAUUAAACAUACACUACCGUUCAAAGGUUUGGGGUCACUUAGAAAUAUCCUUGUUUUUGAAAGAAAAGCACAAUUUUUGUCCAUUAAAAUAACAUGAAAGUGAUCAGAAAUACAGUGUAGACAUUGUUAAUGUUGUAAAUGACUAUUGUAGCUGGAAACGGUAGAUUUUAUUUUUAAUUGAAUAUCUACAUAGGCAUACAGAGGCCCAUUAUCAGCAACCAUCACUCCUGUGUUCCAUUGGCAAGUUGUGUUAGCUAAUCCAGGUUUAUCAUUUUAAAAGGUUAAUUGAUCAUUAGAAACCCAUUUUGCAAUUAUCAGGAAC